ACGUUGCUCUUCACCAUUCACUUACCUUCCUCAUAUCUAGAUCUUAUCAUACGGUUGACAUUUGAGGAUAGUCUGCAUCUUAAACAAAGAGAUGGCUUCAUCAGUGGAGUCCGAUGUGGAGCUCAAAUCUCCAGCAGACAAGUUCUUCAAACGCCUAAGCAGUGAACUUCACCAUCUUCCUAAUGCAUCUGACAUAGUUCACGGAGUCGAAGUGCACGAAGGCGAUUUCAAAACUCACGGUUCUGUUAAGUCAUGGAGUUAUAGCAUCGAUGGAAGAAAGGAGAUUUUCAAGGAGAAGUUCGAGAUAGAUGAAAGGAACAUGACCGUGUCAAUGGUGGCUGUGGGAGGACACAUCCUCGAACAGUUCAAGAGCUACAAGAUUGUCUACAACGUUUUUCCAAACGAGGGCAACAAGCCAGCAGUGUUGAAGAUUAAACUCGUGUAUGAGAAAUUUAAGGAGACUGAUCCUGACCCGAACAAUUACCUGCGCUUCCUGGUCAGCAUCUUUAAAGAUCUAGAUAAUCACCUACAGUAAAAUUGCAUGGAGAAAUCCCUAGUGGGAUCAAUCGACUACCCCUCAUUUUCAGUUAAAUAAAUAACGGAAGAGAGUUUUCCUCUUCCCCCUUGUCUGUGUAUUUGUAAAUUAAAAAAAAAAAAGAAGGAAGACACGAAGAAGAAGAAGAAGAAGAAGAAGAAGAAGAUGGAGGCAGUCUGCAGUGCUCAUGUGUUUUUUAGCCUCAUGUACAAAUAAAAUAUAUACAUAUAUAUAAGUUGUCAAAUUCCAAUGAUGUUGUUCUAGUAAGAUCGACGAAGGCAAUAGUUUUUCCUUCUUUUUUUCAA